AAACAGAGUAAUCAGAACAGAGUAAUCUGUUUUUUUCUUCUUGUUUGCCAAAAUUAUGCACGUGAAUUCCCAAUAAUUUCUCAUGCAAAUGUGGGUCCUUAAGCCAGCCUUGCCUUUUGUUCGUAACCCAAACUACAACUCCCUAGAAUCUCUCCACUUCUCUUUUUUAGUCUUCAUUCUUCAUUCUCCUCUGGUUUAUGUUGUCCAUUCAAAAGAAAAAAGCAAAAAAAAUAAAAAAUUCUCUUAUUUAAGCUUUUCUUGUUUCUCUUCCGCGUUCUCACCCUCAUUUCCAUUUGAGUAUACUUUUGCAAUCAUCUCUGCGAAGUUUGCAGAAUCUUCAUGGCUUCAUGGGAGACAUUUCUCAUUCUUAGUGCAAUUCUUGUUCUGCUCCUUAGUAAUGGAGUGUUCAGCUAUGGACAGAACUCACAGAAGGAAGUCCUUUCCCUGAAGAAACUGGAAUGGCAACUGAGUACUACAAAAACUAGUUCAUCUUCAUUCCAGAAAUCGAGAACAAAAAAUGGCGUUACUGUACUGGAAAUGAGGCACAAAGAUUACUAUUCCGGAGUCAUACUUGACAGGAAUCAGAGGCUUAAGAAACACUUACAGUCUGAUAUCAUCCGAGUUCAGUCAAUACAGGAUCGAAUUAAGAGCUUAAUUUCAGGUCCAGUGGAAGCCAAGUCCCAAACUCAGAUUCCCAUUACUUCAGGGUUGAAUCUGCAUACUCUAAAUUACGUCGUCCCAGCAACGCUAGGUGGAAGAAACAUGACUGUGAUUGUGGAUACAGGAAGUGAUCUUACAUGGGUUCAAUGCCAACCUUGCAGAAUCUGCUAUAAUCAACCUGAACCUCUGUUUGACCCAAAGCUUUCUUCUUCUUACCAAGCAAUUCCCUGCAAAUCACAAGCAUGUCAAUCUCUUCAAUUUGCUACAGGAAAUUCAGGGUUAUGUGGAGGAGAUGCAUCAGUUUGCAACUAUGAAGUUAGCUAUGGUGAUGGAUCAUACACUAGAGGUGAACUUGGCAGUGAAAGAUUACUUCUUGGAACAAUCCCUGUUGAAAAUUUCGUUUUUGGAUGUGGUAGAAACAAUAAAGGGUUAUUUGGAGGUGCUUCAGGACUAAUGGGGCUUGGAAGAAGUGACCUUUCCCUGAUAUCUCAAACUUCUGAUAAAUUUGAUGGGAUUUUCUCUUAUUGUCUUCCAACUACUGAUAUGGGCUCUUCUGGUUCAUUAAUAUUAGGAGGUGAUUCAUCAUCAUCUUACAAGAAUUCGACGCCAUUUUCGUAUACUAAAAUGGUCUUGAAUCCUCAGCUGGCAACCUUUUAUUUCCUGAAUGUUACCGGGAUUAGUGUUGGUGGUGUUUCUACACAAGCCUCAAGUUUUGGUAAAUCCGGGAUUCUGAUUGAUUCAGGGACGGUCAUUUCUAGGCUUCCUCCAUCAAUUUAUAAGGCUGUGAAAGAUGAGUUCUUGAAGCAAUUUUCAGGGUAUCCACCAGCACCAAGCUUUUCAAUCCUGGAUACUUGUUUCAAUCUUUCUACCUAUGACGAAGUGGAAGUUCCCACCAUCAAAAUGCAGUUUGAAGGUGAUGCUGAGCUGGUUGUGGAUGUCUCUGGAACUGUUUACAUUGCCAAAACUGAUGCAUCUCAGGUUUGCUUAGCUCUUGCAAGCCUCACAUUUGAGGAUGAGGUUGGGAUUAUUGGGAAUUUUCAGCAGAGAAAUACUAGGGUAAUCUAUGACACUAAAAUGUCCAAAUUAGGAUUUGCAAGCGAAACUUGUAGUUUCUCUUAAUUACCAACACAAUGCAAAUGUGGGUGUUUAAUUGUAAUGUAUGCUAGGAACAUGAAAAUAGAGGGGCUUUAAUGUAUAUUUACUUCGUACUAUAACAUUACUUUCAGCACGUACCAGCUUCUUAAUUAGUGUUACAACAAAGGUAUUAUGAGGAACAAUUGUGACAAAGUAGCAUUUUAUGUGUGCUAGUAUAUUUCUUGUUAUAUUUUUUAAAAAAUCAAAAAGAAUGUCUACCAUAUAAUUGAAUAAAAUGUAUAAUUAG